UUCCAAAAGAAUAUUGGAAAUAAAUGUCAGCUUUGAAUCCGGGUUCUCCUCCUCAAAUCUCACGACCACUUAGCAUUGAUGAAUGUAUCUGUCGAGCCGGGGGGUUUGGCAGAUUCCAGUGGAUGAUGAUGCUAUAUGCCCCUAUCGCAAGACAAGGCGUUAGCUUCUUUGUUUAUAGCCUUUCAUUCUUGGAGUUAGUACCAAGACUUGAGUGAUUGGUUGAAGGAACUUCAGUUUUCGAGGUAUGAAAAUAAAGCCGAUAUCUGCACUGAAGAAGGCCUCAUAGACAGGAAUUUAUGGAGAAUAGAUUUUACAGACUCUAAAAGCUUCCACAACUGGAUGACAGACCUUGAGCUCUUUUGAUAUAGUGAUUUUAUGAUUGGUCUCCUUGGUUCUAUCAUGUUUGCAGGGUUUGCACUCAGUGGUAUUGGGCUUAAGCAAGCAGAUCGAUUUGGAAGAAAGAAGACUGCUCUCUCUGGGGCUAUCAUAGCUGCAGCAUCUGCUAGUAUACUUUUCUUCUGGAGAAAUUUGUAUGCCAAGUAUAUUGGGCUGUUUAUUUUAGGACUUUCGCUCUACAAAAAUUUUGCAAUAUAUAUCCUAGGAAUGGAGGUGGUUCCAAAGAAAUACCAAGUAUAUACGAGUAGUUGGCUGCUGUCUUCAGAAUCACUGCUAGCAAUGAUCCCUGCCGCUGUAUUCUUGCUAGCUGGAGGGAGCAACAUGCAACACUUCCUUCUUGCUGGCCUUGUAUUGUCAUUUACAGCCAUCCCCCUGACUAUGAUGGUUCCUGAAUCUCCAAAGUAUUUAUUUGAGAAAAAGUGUUUUGUCGAACUGCGAAAGAACUUAGCUUAUAUUGCAAGAUUCAAUGGUGUCAGUAUGGGAGAUUAUCAAAUUGAAGGUGAAGCUCUGAUACCUAAUUCACUUGAAAACUUAGAACAGAAUGGGAAUGAAGGCUCUGUACUAACCAAUGAUAAUCCAGGGUAUAUCAACAAGAGUGGGGAUAUUUCUGAUACUAACCUUGGAGAUAGUAAUAAUCUGGAGAAAUUUAGUCAAUCCUUGAUUGAGAAGGAUUCAACAAAAGAGUUUUCUGUAUGGCAAGAACUUAAGAAUAAGAGAACUAUUAUGAACCUGAGUAGUGCCAUAGUCAUCUUCUGUGUAGUUUCAUUCAACUACUAUAUGAUCAGCUUUUACCUCAAAUAUAAAGGCAUUUGGCAUAGAAGCUUAGUUAUAACAUUUUCAUCAACACUCUUGCAAGUGCUGUCUCUGACAUUGCAGGAAAUGUGUCAUCAAGCUUCAUCCAGAAACUAAUCGGAUCUAAAAAGUCGCUGAUUCUAUGCUUCUCUCUAUCUCUAGUCUCUGCUAUUCCUCUACUUUUCAUCGAAAAUGCAAUAUUUAUAGCAAUUUGAGUUUUUUCAGGUAAAUUCUUUAUCGAGGGUGCAUUCAGUAUGGCUUAUUACAUAAAUCCAGAGACGUUCCCACCCUUAUUCGUUCCAUUUUCUUUCUCUAUGUGAAACUUCUUCGCAAGAGUGUUCACCAUAUUUGCACCCCAGGUUGCAGAGAUAAAACCAAGGCAGACGCCUGUUAUCAUUUUGCUUGUUUUCACCUUUGUGGCUGGAGUCUUUACAAUGAUGCUUAAGAUAAAGAAGCAAGGAAAUGGAACUAAAGGAUAAUAAGAAGGGCAUAUUGGCUCUUUUAGCUGGUGAGAUAGCUCUUUUUAAAAGAGAAUUAUGAGGAA